CUCGGCUGAGGCGGAGGCGAGGUAGCUAUGGCGGCUGUCAGCGACGUGCAGCGGCUACAGGCCCGUGUGGAGGAGUUGGAGCGCUGGGUGUACGGGUCUGGCGGGCCGCGCGGCUCGCGGAAGGUGGCUGAUGGCCUGGUCAAGGUACAAGUGGCUUUGGGGAACAUUGCCAGCAAGAGGGAGAGGGUGAAGAUUCUGUACAAAAAGAUUGAAGACUUGAUCAAAUAUCUGGAUCCUGAGUACAUUGACCGCAUUGCCAUACCUGAUGCCUCUAAGCUGCAGUUUAUCUUAGCAGAGGAGCAGUUUAUCUUAUCCCAGAUUGCACUCCUGGAACAGGUGGAGGCUUUGGUGCCUAUGCUGGACAGCGCUCACAUCAAAGGUACCUCUUUAGCCGUUCCUGAGCAUGCCACCCGCCUGCAGCGCUUGGCCCAGAUCCACAUCCAGCAGCAGGACCAGUGUGUGGAGAUCACUGAGGAGUCCAAGGCUCUCCUGGAGGAAUACAACAAAACUACAAUUCUUCUCUCCAAACAAUUUGUGCAGUGGGAUGAGCUACUUUGCCAGCUAGAGGCCGCCAAGCAAGUGAAGCCAGCAGAGGAGUGAUGGUUGCUCCCCAUCCCAGGGUGGGCCAGGACAGCCAGGUUCCAGGGCCCUGUGUUAACCUGCCUUUGUAAUAGGGCAGAGGCAGGUCUGUAUUUAUUGGGUUCACAGCCUACUUGUCUGUAUUCAGGGGCUCUGAGAUCAGAGGUCUGGCUACUUGAGAUUUGCUAUUUGCAUCCACUCCCCACAUCAGUGUCCUAUUCCAGUGACAAUAAACUAUAGAAAUCACU